AUGGCUGGCCAGAGCCUUCCUCCCGGGCCCAAACCCCUACCAAUCGUCGGCAAUAUUAUGGACCUCCCACCAAAAGGGGUCCCAGAGUUUCAGCAUUGGCUCAAGCACAAGGAAGCAUACGGCCUGAUUAGCUCCGUCACCGUGAUGGGUCAGACGCUUGUCAUCAUCCAUGACAAGCAGGCGGCUCAUCAUCUGAUGGAGAAGAACUCAAUAAAGACUUCAGCGCGGCCGCAGUUCGAGUUUGCGUCCAAACUAUGUGGCUUUGGCGAGAUACUAGCCAGCCAGCAAUACGGUGAUAAAUACCGCCGGGGACGCAAGAUGGUGCACCAACAACUGGGCACAAUGGCAGCGGCGACCCGGUAUAAUGACAUUCAAGAAGUAGGGGCGCGGCGAUUUCUUCUGCAGGUCUUAAAUAAACCGGAGCAUUUAAUCAAGCAUCUCAAAACGUAA